AUGGCGGCGAAGAUGCCUUGGAGCUUUCAAAGCGCGAACAAGGAAGAAGUCGUGGCCGAUGUGUUCAAGGCGAUGGAAGAGUUGAUCGCCUGCGACAAGUGGUAUCACGGCAAGGUGCGGUACCUGGAGGCCAAGGCGGAUCUGCACUUCGGGGACCUGGAGAACGCUGCGGACAUGGUGCCGCAGCUUUGCAAAAGCGGCGGCUCGCGCUUGGACUUCCGGGACUUUGAGAGUCGCUUUGACCCUUGGGUAAUGCUGAACCAGCGGCGGCGAGAGGAAGAGGCCCAGAAGCUGAAAGGGAUCUUCGUGAGUUUGCGGUUCUACAAGGCCCUCCUGCUAGCAGUCCUGCCCAAAAACGCCCAGGUGGUGAUGCCGAGCCCUGGCACAUCCCUGGAGAGGCCUGGCACUGCAUGUCCGCAGCUGUGGUGCACCUGCUCGGCGGUGCAUCCUGGCCACAGGACAAAGGUGCAGCGAGAGCUGACCCAGCUGCAAGAGAAUCGCCCGCCCUUGUGGCAGGCCCUGUUCAAAGUCACCCUGGCACUGGCCCGAGCUGCCAUGGCUGCGGCCAACGCCGCGGACAACUUCCGGACCUUUCAAUCGGUGCUGCUCAUGCGCGCUUUGAGGGAUGGCUGCGAUGCCCUGACGACCAGCGGAGUCCAGCCAGGCAAGCUGGAGAGGCCGUCGCUGGACUGGCCGCUCUUGAGCAUAUUCUUCCACUGUACUCGUUGCAAGAGCCUGCGCCUUGAUGAGACGCAGAAGGAGCUUGGGAAGUUUCAGCAAAGUGUCGCCUUCGCGGUGGCGCGGCUGCGGCUGCAUGCGUAUGCCAGCGCUGGCAUCAAAGACCCGCAGACAGGACGUGAGAAGCCGCGCUUUGCUGAUGCCAAGGCCUUCUUCGAGUCGUUCAGCGCGCAGAUGCCUUCCGUGGAGCUGAGCGACGAGGCUGCCAAGCCUGGCCUGAGGUCCCUGAUGACCGACAGUUUGGGGUCCGACCUGCGCAGAGAGGAGAGUAAGAACUCGGUGGUGGAUUGCGAGGAGGUGGAGCCCUGA